AUGGCUUCAACUACAGGAGAAAUAUUGCCAAGGUCAGAAAUAUCAUUUAGAAGACAAGGUUCAUCAGGUUUAAUAUGGGAUGAUAAAUUAUUAUCUGGGGAACUCAACAAAAUUUCAACUCAAGAUCAUAGUCAAGAACAACACAAGAAAAAAGAACAAAAAUCUUCAUCAUCGUCAGAAGAAAAACCUCGUAUUAGUUAUCGUUCUAAAGAUAACUACAUGCAACCCUCCAUUGAUCCUCCAUCUCCUAAG